AUGGACAGCACCAUUGACAGUACUGGCAGCGAUCUCCAAGACAAAAAUGAGCAGGCUGAAGAGACCAGCAUACUGCAAGACCCAAACGAGCAGGCUGAGGAGAGCAGCAGACUCCAAGACCUAAAUGAGCGGGCUGAAGACAGCAGCAGACUCCAAGACCCAAACAAGCAGGCUAAGGAGAGCAGCAGACUCCAAGACCUAAAUGAGCAGGCUGAGGAUAACCACAAACUGCAAGAUCGAAACAAGCAGGCUGAAGAGAGCAGCAAAGUUCAGGGGCUAAAUGUUGAAGACAGUAAACCUCAAGAGCUAAAUGAGCAGGUUGAGGAGAACAAACCACAAAACUUAAAUGAGCAGGCGAAAGACAACAAACCUCAAGAUCUAAAGGACUGGGCUGAGGAACAAAUGAAAAUGCCGGAGCAGGAGUGCCCUGAUGAGGAGCCUUCCCUGCCUCCUGUCACCAAUCUACUGAAUACUACUUUGACUGAACUGCAGGGUGAACUCCACAGCUCUCCCACCUCUGAACCCUUGUUGGAUGAGGCUAAAGACAGAAAACUCCAAGACCUGGAGGAGCAGAUUGAGAAAAAUAUGGAAAGUUUAAUGGAGACACCUAAGCAACAGCCUCAGGACAAGAAGGAAAAAGAGCCUUCAAUAGCUACUUUCACAUAUUCACCAGCAAAAACAAGAAAAACGCAGAAGGAUGCCAUCUCCCAUAUCUCUACUCACUCCUCUUAUGCCAAGCCAAUGUUCACACAGAAUUUGCCAGGGUUUGCAAAGACACCACUUCAGAGACCCUCUUCUCCAAAAGUAAAAUCCAAAACAGUUGAUACAGCAACACAGUGUAAGCUGAUGCUCAUGCGGAGCCUGCCGGUGUUGUCAAGGAUGCCUCCACUUCAGAAAAACUACACUCCAUCUCACAGAGACUACCCUCCAAAAGUAAAGCCCUUAACUGCUGAUAAAGCAACUCAGAUUUCCUCCUCCUUUGAGAGAUUGGUGAAGAAGAGACCACCUCUUUUGGUCAAAAGGAAGAAAAAAGACACGAUUGCCAAGACCACUCCAAGCAAGACCACUCCAAGCAAGACUACUCCAAGCAAGACCAGCCCAUCCAGCUUGCAGAAAGGGAGUGGCAGCCGGUAUGACAGUCAGUUCCAGCAACUAAUGCACUGUUAUCCUUACUUUCCAGAGGCUUUAUCCUGCUCAGGCCUGUCCAGGGCUUGCACCGUUUUCAACACCCUUAAGUUCGGAAUGAUUCACAUCAGCAAUCUCCUCCUGGCCUUGCACACCUUGGGGAUCCUGGUGACCAAUGAUGAAAUGCAUCAGACUCUCAGGCGCAUCAAUAUGACUGCAUCUGGGACUCUGGAUUUAUCUGAAUUCUUGGAAGUUGUGAAUAAAACCUCACCCUUCGCAGACACAGAGGAUUUCCAGAAUAUUCUUUGGGUUUUCAGGAAAAUAAAGAAAGGUAUGGUGAACGUUAAUGAAUUGGAAUUAGUCCUGUCUGGCCUUGGAGUCAGCCUGAGCAGUGAGAAUGUACAACAGAUCCUGGGACGCACUCGAGUGAACAAGAAUGGAAAGUUGGACCUCUCAGACUUCCUUCAGGCUGCAAGCAAACUGCAGAGAGGCUUUGAGGACGAAGGUUUCCAGAGUGAACACGACUCUAUGGAAAGGAGGCCUUUUCAGGGUGUGACUGAGCUUGUCAAUGCAGAAUCUAGAUGGAGAAGAAAAUAUUGGAGUGCCUUUGAUGAGGAUAUACUCACUCCCACAUGCUUAUUUCCCCUGAUGACACAGCCGGAUUCAAAUGAAGAUACUGCUUUUGCUCAAUCACGGACAACAAUGUCCUGGAAAUUUGACUACGGAAGCCCUAGCACUGCAUUCUCUGUAGGUAAUGCAGAAGGGGAAGAUAAAGACCAUGAUAUAAUGAAGGUGUCAAAGCCCCAGUCCAAUGCCACUCACCAGAGAAGUCCCACCACCACUUCAUCUUCUGUACAUAAUGCAGAAGAGGAAGAUAAAGACCAUGACAUCAUGGAAGUCACAAAACCCCAGACAGAAGCUACUGAUCAGAGCAACCCAAACACUGGAGAGACUGUAGAAGGGGAAGACAAAGACCAUGACAUCACAGAAGUGACAGAAUCACAGUCAGAUGCUAAUGACCAGAGUAACCCCGUCACUGAAUCCUCUGUACAUAGUGCAGAGGGCAAAGUUAUAGAGCAAUGACAUCACUGAGGGGGCAAAGUCCCGUCUGACUUCAGCUCCUGACGUUAGAAUGCUUUGCAUCCACAAGACACCUCUAUAU